CUGGUGAUCUACAAGUCGUCGGUCGGCCAGUCACUACACCUCAACAACCACAGCAUCUCGGUGAUGGUCGCAGCUCGCCUCAAUUUGGACGCUCCGCGAUGGGACCAAAGCACGUUUGAAGGCCGCGCCCGGCACUUCUUUACCACGACCAACCCCAUCAACGUCCUCGCCACCGACGAGCAGCUGGACGCCGCGAAAGCCCUCGUACAGCAAUACCAGUACAAACCAUCACCUCCUGUGCUUCUUAUGUAUCCACUACUGGCCAUGUCCGCUCAUUAGAGGCGGCGCGGAACCUGCAGGCACGACCCCUGAACAAGUAUGGGCCGCGAAGCACCUGUAUGACUCGGCGUUUCACCCAGACACUGGCGAGAAGAACUUUAUCAUGGGUCGCAUGUCGUUCCAAGUGCCUGGAAACAUGGUCAUCACGGGGUGUAUGAUGGCAUUCUAUCGAUCCACUCCUGCAGUUGUUUUUUGGCAGUUUAUGAACCAAACGUUCAACUCGAUCGUCAACUACACCAACCGCAAUGCCAGCACCGGGGUCACUACCGACCAACUGCUGCAAGCGUAUGCCGCGGCGUCCACCAUGUCGGUCGCGACCGCCGUCGGGCUCAACAAGUUCAUCGCGUCCCGCCCGUCCCUCAGCGGCGGCAUCGUCGGCCGCCUUGUGCCUCUCAUGGCCGUGGCCGCCGCGAACUGGGUGAACAUCCCCAUGAUGCGCCAGCAAGAACUGUUGCAUGGCAUUGCAGUUGAAACCGCUGAUGGUGAUGUGGUGGGCAAGAGUCAAGCGGCGGCGCAGUCCGCGGUACUCCAAGUCGUGCCGUCGCGCAUCCUGAUGGCUGUACCAGGGAUGGUCAUUCCUCCCUUGGUCAUUGCGAGUUUGGAAAAGGGGCCGUUGAAGCGCAUGCCGGCCUUGUCGGCACCGCUCAUGGUGCUUCUCACAGGGGCGGCAUUGAGUUUCUCGACGCCUUUGUGCUGCGCGCUGUUUCCUCAAAAGAGCGCCAUCGGGACUACUUCCCUCGAACCCGAACUGCAAGAGAUCAUUCGAAAGCGGUUCCCGGAAACCACCGAGUUGUACUACAACAAGGGACUCUAAAACACUGGAGGAAGCAUCGACAUAGAGUGCGCAACGCACGGGCAUCCUUACGAUGUGCUGAUAGCAAAGUAGUAAAUGUGAACAGAAUGUGGCCAUACUAUCUAUGCGUCCA